GGGGUGUGAAACGCAAACGAUGUUUAAUGUAAACCAGAGGGGGGGUGCUGGGGGGGGCUGUUUUCACAAGUGUCUGUCAGUUUGGGGGCGCCGGCUCCUGGAGCUGCCAGGCGCCCUGGGCAAAGUGCAGCUUCCUGUCUGACCUGGCUGCUGAGUCCGACUCACCCUGACUCCGUCCCCUCCCCCGGGGGGCUGGAGUGGGGCCCUGAGACGCAGUUCGGGUGGAGACACUCUGCAAAGAUCCACCUUCCCCAGGGCAACUGAGCACCUCCGCCCCUUAACCCCCCGUCUCCCGGAGGCUCGGACGAGGGGCUUCGGGGCAGGCUCUGAGGGGGGCUGAGCUGCUCAGCCGUUCCCACCCUCCUGCUCCUGUGUCUGGGCCUAACCGAUUACCUGCAGCAGGGCGGGGGCUGCAGAGGGGGGCGCAGCAGGGCUCUGCCCCCCCGGAGCUGCACUGGUUAAGCUGAAUGCAGGGCAGGGGGCCUGGGUGGCUUCACUCCCUCCAUUCUGCAGCUGUGGCCUGAACUAAAGAGGUGAUUUGCACUGGUUUCGUUACACUGGCCCGGCCCCAGUGGGGACGCUCGGAUUUCCAUUGAAGUCGACUGGGAACAGAUGGCGGGUUCCCUGGGUCUCGCCGCGCUCCUCCUGGCGGCUCUGCCGACCCCCUACGCCAGCCCGCUCUCCUCCGGCUCCUCCCUGCGCUUCAUCGCCCUGGGGGACUGGGGCGGGGUGUCCAACCCCCCCUUCCACACGGCGCGCGAGGUGGCCACAGCCAAGGAGAUGGGCCGCACGGUGGCAGCGCUGGGCGCGGACUUUAUCCUGUCUCUCGGCGACAACUUCUACUACAGCGGGGUGCGGGACGUCGACGACAAGAGGUUCCAGGACACCUUUGAGGCCGUGUUCAGGGCGCCGGCGCUGCGCAAGGUGCCGUGGUACGUGCUGGCCGGGAACCACGACCACUCGGGGAACGUCUCGGCUCAGAUCGCCUACAGCAAGGUCUCCAAGCGCUGGAACUUCCCCAGCUACUACUACAGCCUGAAGUUCAAGGUUCCCCGGAGCAACGCCACCGUGGCCCUGCUCAUGAUCGACACCGUCACCCUGUGCGGGAACUCGGACGACUUCCAGAGCCAGCAGCCCCAGCAGCCCCGGGACGUGGGGCUGGCCCGCAGCCAGCUGGCCUGGCUCCGCAAGCAGAUGGCUGCCUCCCAGGCCGACUACCUGCUGGUGGCCGGCCACUACCCGGUGUGGUCGGUGGCCGAGCACGGCCCCACCCACUGCCUGGUGAAGCACCUGCAGCCGCUGCUGCUCAAGUACCAGGCCACUGCCUACCUGUGCGGCCAUGAUCACAACCUGCAGUACCUGCAGGACAAGGCUGGCGUGGGCUACGUGCUGAGCGGGGCUGGUAACUUCGUGGAGAACUCGCGGAAGCACUCUCACAAGGUGCCCGAGGGCUACCUGCGCUUCUUCUACGCCGAGCCGGCCUCCCUGGGCGGCUUCGCCUACGUGGAGAUCGACGGCAAGGAGCUGAGCGUCACCUACAUUGAGGCCAGCGGGAAGUCCCUGUACAAGACCUCGCUGCCCCGGAGGAGCCGCCGCUGAGCCCCCUCCCUGCGCAGGAAGUGGGGCUCAGAGCUCCCUCGGCCGUUUGGGGCUGAGGGAAUUGCUGCGAGCGGCCCCGAAGCUGAUGUUUAAGGCUCCUGCGUCUGAUCCCUGGGGGAAUCCUCCCCUCGCCCUCUGUAGCCCCGUGUGCCCCCCUAGGCUUUGCAAACACCUCCGCCCCUGCACCCACUAAUUGGCUGGAGAAGCCCCCCCAAUUCAUUGUUUGAUCCCCUCUUCCCUCCUCACUAGAUCACUCCGGCCCCCUUGGACUCCCCCCCCCGAGAUCCGGGUUUGACUCCUGGCUGUGCCAGAGUCCCCUGAGCGACCUUGUCUUCCUCUCUUUGGGCACCAGCUAACGGCCCUUUCCUGCUCCCCCCUUUGCCUGCUGAGGCUGUAAAUUCCUUGGGGGUCCCCUCUGGACAGCUCAUGUGCUGCUGCUGCAAUACCCCUCCCUGACCACCAGUGCGCUCAGGAGAGCUAUUCCCUGCCCCGCCACCUGGGGGCGCUGUGACCUUCCUCCCCCUUCUCGUCUCAGGUGCAAACUCCCCGGAGCCACCUGCUGUGGCUGGGAAGCUGAUGAUUAUUUUUUUCUGUUGCUGACCCGUAAACUGUGUUGUGCCAGACGAGGACUCAGUGCUGCCCAAACCUGAGCUCGUGCUGGUGUUUGCGUUUUCUGAGACGAUUGUUUUUAACCCUCAUAUACGGACCGGUCCCGUGUGCUUCCUCCCCGUCUACAGUUAACAAGGGACGGGCGGGCGGGUGAUCCCCAUGUGUCUGUCCAAGACUUUUAAUCUCUGGAGAAACAUCUUCUUUCCCCUCUGCAGCAUUGCACCUGUGAGCUGCUGCUCCCUGAAGCUGCUUCAAAGGGAACAGACUCUUCCAAGUGAUUUUCUUGGGACUAUUUUCAAUAAAUUAUAUUUUAAAAA